AUAUUUUAUGAGCUGAAUAAAUAUACUAUUAAUGCUAUUGUUUUUCCUACGAUUGAAAUGAAUCGAACUUGUCAUAAUUAAAAAUACCCCAUGGCCUGAAAUUUCUAAGCCAAGGUUGUCCGUCGACGCCGGGACUGUGAAUGCCCGACCGACAGAUCUGCAUAACUUAUCUAUUUUGCAGCAAAAUUUUAGUCGCAAAUCACGAUUUGAUAUUGUUUUCGGCCAAUGAAUUCCACCGACUUGAGAUACUAUGAUAUCAAUAAUUUCAUAGAGUAGUCAACAUAAAUACCGCCAUCUUCCCCAAUAUCCAUAUCAUAAGUACAUCUAACAUCACAAAAGUUUUGUGGUUCUCUCAUCAUCACCUAGAAGUUCAUUUCUUAAUAUCUCAAUAUGCAGUGGCUUAUCACAGGAUGUUCCUCAGGGCUCGGUCUCUACCUCGCCCGUAGAAUUCUUUCAGCUGGCCAUAAAUGUAUUGCAACUUCACGGAACCCCGGCACAACGCCGGAUUACGUUGCUGAAAUAGAACGGUUAGGGGGAAUAUGGCUGCCUCUGGACGUUUCCAGUAAUAACCUGGAAAAGGCGAUUCAAGCAAUCACGGAGAAUUAUGGGUUUAUAGAUGUGCUAGUGAAUAACGCUGGUUUCGGAGAUGGUGGGCCAUUGGAGACCUACAGUCUCGAAGCAGGAAGAGCAAUGAUGGAAACGAACUUCUUUGGUCCAUUACGGUUAAUGAAGGCCUUGAUACCUAGCAUGAGGGAGAGGAAGCAAGGCGUCAUUGUCAAUGUUUCAAGUGCAGCGUUCUGGGCCCCUCAUGCUGGAGUUGGGGUGUAUUCAGCAUCUAAAUUCGCUUUAGAGGGACUGUCAGAAUCUCUCUCGACCGAAUUAGCACCUUUUGGCAUUAGAGUGAUUAUCGCAGAGCCCGGCGAGAUGAGAACAAAGUUUGUCCAAGCAGAUAAAGUGUCUCAUUUGACCAUUCCGGAAGCGUACAAGGGGACUCCGGCCGAAGCUGUCUUAAAUUUUAUUACGCAACGUGAUGGCAGACAAGAUAUCGAUCCAGCGCGAGUAGCAGAGGCUAUUGUACAGCACGUCGCUCAUCCACCAAACUCGGAUCUAACUUUGAGGCUGCCAUUGGGAACAGAAAGCCUAACGUUUCUGACCGCCAGAGCGGAAAAUUUGUCCAAGCUAGUUGACGCAUCUGCAUCAUUUGCGAAGAGUUGUGACUUUCCGAAGGAUGAAUGAGCAGCUCGAAGUUGUGAGAGCGUUCAAACAUGUUGUUAGCCCCGUAUUCAAUGCGUAGUUCUACUUUUCAAAAUCUAACCCUAAC